CUAACGUUUCACCUCAUCAGCCACUUUCAUGCUCACCUUAUAAGGUUUUAUUAGUGCAGACUAAAGUACCUCUCCAGGCGCAACGCUUGAGCGCAUAGUCAAGCCACGAUUCAACCGUCUCCGUUGUCAAAAAAAUAUACCACGAUAUGGCCUGGUAGAUUGCCAGAGCUAAUGCACGGCUCAACUCGACGCGCGUCUGUUAAACAGCACUUCUCUGCCGUGGUCCAUGACUCUCGAGACGAGAAGCACAACACCAAAUCAUCAAAGAACAACUUCGAACAACCAAACAUUACUGUCUCCGGUAAGGCAGAAAAUUCUUACGGCUUCCUCACGAUGGAACUAGUCCCUGGACAAGCUUGUGCUGAGCAGCUAUUCCCUGGUGCACGACCAGAGCCAGAUCUGUCACCUCCAUCGCUCAACUACACGCUGCGAGACAAGAAGCUGCGCAUAGCGGUGUUCUGGUGUUUCGUCUUCUUCGACUGUGCCCUCGUGCCCGUGGGCCUCUACCUCUUCCUGUGGUACAACAAUGGACCGGGGAGCGAAGAAAGAGAUCCGCUGAGCGCGAACUUGGUUCUCAGCAUUGUCACUGCAACGAUAGGUGGUACAGGCAUCAUCGAGUUCGCGAUUGGGAUGUGGAAACUGUGGAAAAAGGGAAGCAAUUGCCGGGUCAUUGGCGCAAAGAGUCGGUGGUACUUUGAUUGGUUCCAUUGGUGGUUUGGCUUGUGCUUGCUCAUAGUUGUCGCCGAGCUCGUGGUAGGGACCGCGUUCACGAAGCCGAACCGCCGACUGCUCGCUAUGCCGCUCUCGUCCGUUCUGGCUGUGUUUGGGGCCCUGCUUCUGGUCACAGAUGUUCUACACCUCUUCUCUGUGCGGACGCUUGUGCGUAUCUCGUCAGUCCCUCGUGGUGAUCGAGUGCCCGUGGGAAUCUACCCUAUUAUAGAGGACGUCUGUGCGGUCAGCGGCUCCGGAACGACUUUAUUCCGCGAAUCCCUCGAGCGACGCUACAAGGCCAGCCCGAUCUUUAGGAUCAUGUUGCGACGUCUUAGUGUGUUCUGGACCCUCGGUGCUUUGGGUUGUUCUGCAGGAACCUCGUUCAUGAUAUGGCACUUUGACGACAUUGACCUGGCAUUCGGUUGUGGGUGGAUGGUGCCAUUUAUCUGGGCGGGAGUUUGGUGUCUUGCAACGAUAGUUUACGUGCAGCACAUGUUGGCAAAGGAGAAAAGACUAUGGGCUGAAGUUAUGGCGCUGAAUGUGCGCGCAGAGCAGUCAGAUCAAGUGUAGCCACCGAGAUGACAUUAUGGGAUGCACUGGGAUCGAACUUUCAUGUCACGAUGGGGAUAGGUCAGCAGAGAAAGAUGGGACGCUGACAUGGGGCAAAUGAUGCACGCAGAGCGUCUGGUCGAGGAUACGGCGUGCCAGUUGUCUCUUGGCCUACCGACAGAACAAAAAAGCUUG